AUGAACAAAAAACUAAUAAAUAUAGAGAUCUAUAAACCACUCUCUCAAAAUUUAUUUAAAAUUUUGAUAAUUUAUCAUUCAAUCUAAUUAAUUUCUGCAUUCGUUUUAGGUCUGUAAAAAAUGAGAUAGAUUGAAAAAUAAAUAAUUAGUUACCUAUAAAUUUUUAAAUACAAAAAUAUAAAUUUAAGGAAUUUAUUAAUGAUUUUUUUGAUUACUCUAAAUUAAUCAAACUAACAAAAAAAAACAAAAAAUACAAAUUAAAAAAACAGAUCAAACAAACAAAGUUUUUUCUUAAUUACCUCAAAUAAACAUACUGAAAAAAUUUCGUAAGUGCUGUUUUUUAAAACAUACAAUUAUAAAUAAAAUAAUAAAAAUAAUAAGUUAAUUUAAUUAAAUUUAGUUAAGUUUUUCCAAAUUUUUAAUAUCUUUACUCUAUUCUUAUCAUGUACAUAUUGUAUCUGUUUUUUGUUACUUGCUCCUUUUUUCUUUUAUCUAAGUUAAUUUACGCUAUUUCUUUCAACUUUCUUAUCAUAAACAUCUAAAUAAGUAAAUAUAUUAAACUUAAUUUUUCUUGAUUAUAUCAUAAUUUAUUUUAUUUUCAUCCUAUUUAGAAAGAUAAUUUACCUUACAUAUUUUUUAAUAAAGAGUUAAAAAACUAAAAAAAUCUUACAUUGUGCUAUAACUGAGUAGUUAUUCUAUGCUAAAUGA